AUGCAGGCCGAGCUUUACAUGGGCUUUGCAGAGAAGGAUUUCCAAGAUGCCCUGGCAGAGCUGGAAGCCAUUCAUGGAAAGGCAUACAAGAAUUACACGGAGGAUCACACCAAGCUUUUCCUCACGGUUCAGAACAAGGUGCUUCCAAAGUAUGGCUUCCAGACCGGCCAAGCAGGGGUGCUGCAGAUGCUUGCGGCCGCCUCGCGCUUCAACGACGACGAAGACUUCUGCACCAACCGGGCGGUGUUGAAUGAGCUGAUUGGCAUGGCUCCGCCGAUCGACGAAGAGCUCGAGCAGCUCGAGCGGAAGGCGCCCCCGCGGGCGGCUCCCAAGCCAGCUUCCCAGCAGCUGUUGGUGACGGAGAGCCUUCGGUGGGCUCCUACGCUUACCACAAG